ACACAACCCUGUCGUUUGGAGGUGCGUCUAAUUGCAGGUUUCCAAAAAGUCACUUAAUGGUAUAGCUCGAACUACUUUUGCUUAGAGAAAUGAGGCUGAUGGUCACAUGCACGCGUUACCUAUGGCCAAAAGAGCCCAAAACCCAAGCCUUGCCUAUUAUCAGUAAUUAUUAUUACUGCAAGAAUAUCAGUCGCCGAAUUCUGACGUUACAUCCCUAAGGAGCAACAAGGCAGCCUUCCCGAGAUCCGCAGAGCUUCUUGCAUCAUCGGCAUCGUGCUUCUCACGAGCUCCCUGAAAAAGUGCAUGGUUGCAACCCUUGUAUUUUACACUGCGCCCUUACACGCGAGGAAACCCCAUUGAGCCCAGUGGGAUUUACUUCCCCAGCGAUGUGCACGCAUGGUGCAGCUGUACGCACAUUUACCCGGAAGUAAGCCCCACUGAACUCAAUAGGGCUUACUUCUGAGCAAGCACGCCUAGAAUUGCACGCCCAGUCGGAUUGCACCUAAGACUGUAUCCGAGCACAAGCACCACGCCAGCCGCUUCCAUCUCCUCCUCGUAUUAUGACUAUCCCGCCUUCCUGAUCAUUUCUGGCAGCCAAUAGGGCUGUAAGGAUGCGGAUGCCGCCGUCGCGGCUACUCCGCUUCUAGCCACGUGGUUCGCCUCCUAGCUGCCCUCCUCUCUUGACUGUUUUGUGCUACGUCCAGGCGCCUCCCUUUGCGCCGCAUUUCUUCAGCUUUCUGGGCUCUGUGCGCGCGUCUAGCUGGGUCGUGUCGUCGCGCUUAGCAGGCCCUCCUCUCGAUUGCCCGGUGGUGGACAUGGUGGGUUUCGCAGUCCCCGCAGAAGUCAGCGUGUUCCUGUUGGAUAUAGAAGGCACCACAACUCCUAUUGCAUUUGUCAAGGAUACUCUCUUUUCUUACAUCAAAAACAACAUUCGAGAUUACCUGCGAGCACACUGGGAAGAAGAGGAGUGCCAGGAAGACGUCGGCCUUUUGAGGAAACAGGCUGAAGAGGACUCCCGCAUGGAUGGAGUUGUGCCCAUCCCAUUGGAAACCAGGGACGGGGAAGAGGAGGUUGAACGUGUCAUCCAGGCGGUCGUAGACAACGUCCACUGGCAGAUGUCUUUAGACAGGAAGACAAUGGCUUUAAAACAGCUCCAGGGGCACAUAUGGAGGGCAGCGUAUGCAAACGGCCGUGUGAAGGGAGAGUUCUUUGAGGAUGUGGUUCCAGCAGUUAGAAAAUGGAGAGCAGCAGGGAUGAAGGUUUAUAUUUAUUCUUCUGGGAGCGUGGAGGCACAAAAGCUCUUGUUUAUGAAUUCUACGGAAGGUGAUAUUUCAGAGCUCUUUGAUGGCCACUUUGACACCCAAAUAGGCCCUAAAGUGGACAGUGAGAGUUACCAGCGGAUUGCCACAAGCAUUGGGUGUUCCACAAACAACAUCCUGUUCUUGACUGAUGUCACUCGAGAGGCAGAUGCCGCAGAAGAAGUUGACAUGCACGUGGCUAUAGUUGUCCGGCCAGGCAACGCAGGACUGACAGACGAUGAGAAAUCUUACUACAGACUCAUAACCUCUUUCAACGAACUGUUCUUGCCUUCAUCCACUUAAGCAAAUUUGGAUAGAGGAUUAAAGGGAAAAAGAUGGAGCGACACCUGACAAACAUUCUUCUUGUACAAUUUGCGGUAGUUUUUGCUGGUGACCAGAAUUUUGAAAUUGAAAAAUUGGGGUCCAUGUCCUUCUUCUCAGGACAAGAAUUUGAGCCCGGUAUGGUUGGUGCAUCCGCUGGGGUUGUGAGUGUGUUUCAAACUGAGCAGCCGCAAAACCCGCAGCUAUCAGCACCAUUACUUUGGAACUGCACGUGGAAGACCCAGAGGGCACAACCCACCAUGAGGAUCUCCUAUGCAAGCCCCUCUUGGUAUGAAUGGGAGCUGUGCGAGAGUCAUGGACAGCCGGUAUUCAUCUCAAGAGGGCUUGUGUAGAAGAUCUGUUCAGUGGUUGCGCCCAGCAUGUUUACCUCAAACACACAUUCCCUUAGCUUUAUUCUCUCCUGCAAAUAAUAAUAAUAAAAGUCUUGUACGUUUU